UUCGGGUAGCGUCGUUCCCCCGCAACGGCCACCCUAUAAAAGCGGCCGUAACGGAAUUUUCUGCAAUCACAUUCGUUUGGCAAGCCUCUUAACCGGUCGCGCUGAACGACGACUGAUAUUUAAUUAAUUUAUAUUCUACGUUAAGUUCAACAAAACUCAAUUCAAAAUGCGUGAGUGCAUCUCAGUACACGUUGGACAAGCCGGAGUCCAGAUCGGUAAUGCCUGCUGGGAAUUAUAUUGCCUUGAGCAUGGAAUCCAGCCUGAUGGCCAGAUGCCCACAGACAAGACCGUGGGCGGUGGUGAUGACUCCUUCAACACCUUCUUCAGCGAGACCGGUGCCGGCAAGCACGUCCCCAGGGCUGUGUUUGUUGACUUGGAACCCACAGUAGUUGAUGAGGUCCGCACUGGCACAUACAGACAGUUGUUUCAUCCAGAACAACUUAUCACUGGUAAGGAAGAUGCGGCCAACAACUACGCCCGUGGUCACUACACCAUCGGCAAGGAAAUCGUAGACCUAGUCCUCGACCGCAUCCGUAAGCUCGCCGACCAGUGCACCGGUCUCCAGGGCUUCCUUAUCUUCCACUCCUUCGGUGGAGGUACUGGAUCUGGUUUCACUUCCCUCCUGAUGGAGCGACUCUCCGUGGACUACGGCAAGAAGUCCAAGCUGGAGUUCGCCAUCUACCCGGCGCCUCAGGUGUCCACCGCUGUCGUGGAGCCCUACAACUCCAUCCUCACCACCCACACCACCCUUGAGCACUCCGACUGCGCCUUCAUGGUCGACAACGAGGCCAUCUACGACAUCUGCCGCCGCAACCUCGACAUCGAGCGCCCCACGUACACCAACCUGAACCGUCUCAUCGGGCAGAUCGUGUCCUCCAUCACGGCCUCCCUGCGCUUCGACGGCGCCCUCAACGUCGAUCUUACCGAGUUCCAGACCAACUUGGUGCCCUACCCCCGUAUCCACUUCCCUCUGGUCACAUACGCCCCGGUCAUCUCUGCCGAGAAGGCGUACCACGAGCAGCUGUCGGUGGCUGAAAUCACCAACGCAUGCUUCGAGCCCGCCAACCAGAUGGUCAAGUGCGACCCUCGUCACGGCAAGUACAUGGCUUGCUGCAUGUUGUACCGUGGUGACGUCGUCCCUAAGGACGUGAACGCCGCCAUCGCCACCAUCAAGACCAAGCGUACCAUCCAGUUCGUCGACUGGUGUCCCACUGGUUUCAAGGUCGGUAUCAACUACCAGCCCCCGACCGUGGUGCCCGGCGGAGACUUGGCCAAGGUGCAGCGUGCCGUGUGCAUGUUGUCCAACACCACCGCCAUCGCCGAGGCCUGGGCUCGCCUGGACCACAAGUUCGACCUUAUGUACGCCAAGCGCGCCUUCGUACACUGGUACGUCGGUGAGGGUAUGGAGGAGGGAGAGUUCUCCGAGGCCCGUGAGGACUUGGCUGCCCUCGAGAAGGACUACGAAGAGGUCGGCAUGGACUCCGCCGAGGGUGAGGGUGAGGGAGCCGAGGAAUACUAAGCUCCUGAACUUGUCACGAAGCACUCACACCGAUACAUUCCGGUGAAAUGAAAUAAACAAAAAAUUAUGUUGAAACUA